UUCCCUCGCAACAUCUCUCUUCUCUCCUCUCCCUCUCUGGCCCUCAUCGCAGCUUCCAAUUCCUCUGCAAUGGCUCUCCGAAUAUCAGCAAAACGAGUAGCGGCUACUCUGAAAGCCGGCACCGUAUCCUCGUCUCCCAAUUGCAUCGCGAAGAGGAAUGCGUCCCAAGCAGUUGCAGCAGCAACAAAUCUUUCAGCGGGAGUCAGAGAUGAAAUCUACCGAGAUGCCCAGCUUCCAAACCCCGAUCCAGCCUCCGAUUCUGCCACCGCAGCCCUCGUCAACGAACAAGCACCUUUUAUGGUGAAGACCUACAUCCGCCCACCACCCAUGUUCGUCAAAGGUGAAGGAAUGUAUCUCUGGGACGUCGAGAACAGGAAAUAUCUAGACUUCACAGCUGGAAUAGCUGUUAAUGCAUUGGGGCACUGCGAUCCUGAGAUCAGUAAAAUAAUCGCGCAGCAAGCCAAAACUCUCAUGCACACCUCGAACCUCUACCAUAACCCCUGGACCGGCGCCCUCUCUGAACUACUUGUGCAAAAGACUCUGGAAUCAGGCUCCAUGCAUGAUACCUCCGCAGUCUUCGUCUGCAACUCAGGCACCGAAGCCAACGAAGCGGCUAUCAAGUUCGCACGAAAGGUUGGCAAGGUCGUCGAUCCGUCAGGCGAGAAAUAUGAAUUCAUAUCCUUUAAUGGCUCGUUCCAUGGGCGUACAAUGGGUGCUUUGUCCGCGACGCCGAACCCGAAAUACCAGAAGCCUUUUGCACCGAUGCUGCCGGGUUUCAAAUAUGGCACAUACAAUGAUAUUGCUGGUAUCAAGGACCUGGUGACGGACAAAACGUGCGGUGUGAUCGUGGAACCGAUUCAAGGAGAAGGCGGCGUACAGGUCGCUACGGAGGAAUUCCUCGUUGCGCUCGCAGCACGAUGUCGAGAGGUCGGAGCUGUCUUGAUCUACGACGAAAUCCAAUGCGGUCUCUCUCGGACAGGGAGGUUCUGGGCUCAUGCUAGCCUACCGAAAUCCGCACACCCGGACAUCAUUACCACGGCCAAGGCACUAGGGAACGGCUUCCCGAUCGGCGCAACGAUCGUCAAUGGAAAUGUGGCGGAGAAGAUCGUGGUUGGUGAUCACGGGACGACGUUUGGAGGAAAUCCGCUGGGGGCUAGGUUGGCGCAUUAUAUGGUUUCCCGACUCUCUGACCCUAAACUCCAGAACGAGGUGUUGGCCAAGAGCAAGAUAUUUUUGAAGCACUUCCAGCAUCUGCAGCAGAAGUUCCCGGAGCUGGUAAAGGAGAUUAGAGGCAGAGGGUUGAUUUUGGGAUUGCAGUUGACGCAAGAUCCUACUCCAAUUGUUACUGCUGCUAGAGAGAGAGGCUUGUUGGUUAUUACGGCGGGCACGAAUACCUUACGGUUUGUGCCUAGUCUUACAAUUAAGGAAGAGGAGAUUGAGGAGGGGAUGCAGAUACUGGAGGAGGCGAUGAGGGUUGUUCUUACCCCUGGUGAGCACCCAUCGGGGAAGCAGGUCAGCGGGGAAGUGGAUUCGCCGAAUUGAUGUUAAUGAGGAAUGCUUCACGAUGAUCUAUGCAUGAAGCGAAGAGGAUGGUGUUUGGCGUUCAGAUAUACACAAAAGCUUGCACCUUCUACCUAAUGUUAUCCUUACUCUCUUCCAUUCUCAAUAACGUUGUAGGGUUCUC